AUGGCGACGACAUUAUUCCGAACGGUUCCUACUGUACGAGCAGCUUUGCGCGCAAGCUCCAUGAAACCCGGCAUCGCCGCGCUGACCAGCACCUCUUUCGUCAGAGGCAAGGCAACCUUGCCUGACCUCUCUUACGACUAUGGCGCACUUGAACCCUACAUCUCCGGCAAGAUUAUGGAGCUCCACCACAAGGGCCACCACCAGACUUAUGUCAACGGCCUCAACAGCGCCCUAGAGACCAUUGAAGAAGCUAAGGCCAAGGGCGACGAUAUCCAAGCAGCCGCUACUGCUCCCCUGCUCAACUUUCACGGUGGCGGACACAAGAAUCAUACUCUGUUCUGGGAGAACCUGGCUCCAAACAAUAAGGGAGGCGGUGGUGAGCCCGAAGGUUCUUUAAAGUCCGCCAUCGACAAGGACUUUGGUUCCUUCGAAACCCUCCAGAAGCAGAUUAAUACAGCUCUAGCGGGUAUCCAAGGAAGCGGUUGGGCUUGGCUGGUCAAGGACAAGUCUGCCGGUACCCUACAGGUUAUCACCAAAGCAAACCAGGACCCGGUCAUUGGAAACCAAGUCCCGCUACUAGGUAUUGACGCUUGGGAACAUGCUUACUACUUACAAUACCAGAACCGCAAGGCCGAGUACUUCAAUGCCAUUUGGAAUGUCAUCAACUGGGGUACCGUGGCUAAGAGGUUGGAGAAGGCGUAA